AUGCAAUACAAUGACGAAUUUUAUCAACCACCUUAUUCGCCAGCACCCUCUACGUUCCCAGCUCCAACUAGAACACCACCACCAGUUGCUGGCGAGCCUCCAAACCUUGUAACUGCAAUAUUUAAUGCCGUAAUUCAAAAUAAUGUUGGUUUAGUAAGUUCAAUUCUGAGCGAAAAAAGAUUCAACCCUGACAAUUUAAGAAAUAGAGAUGGAAAAACUCCUUUAAUGGUGGCUGCUUGCGAAAAUUAUAACGAUGGUGAAUCAGCAUUAUACCAAGCAGCUGCAUCCGGAAGCACGGAAGUAGUUGAAAUUUUAAUUGUCGCACAUGCUAAUGUUGAAUUAGGAAACAAGGAAACUAUCACGCCAAUAAUGAUUGCAGCCUAUAAUGGACAUGCCGACAUAUGUCGAAUACUUUUGGAUUAUGGUCGUGCUAAUAUUAAUUAUCAAGAUAAGUUUCGUAAAACUGCAUUGAUGCUGGCUUGUUAUGCAGGUCGUUUUGAAGCAGCCGAAGUAUUAUUGGAUAGAAGUGCGGACGUUAAUUUAUUAGAUCAGUACGGUUGGACAUCUUUAAUGAUUGCAGCAUAUGCAGGUCAUGUUGAAAUUUGUCAUUUAUUGUUGCAUCAUAACGCUGAUAAAAAUAUUGCAGCAAAAGAUAAAACGGCUGUCAUUCUUGCAAGGGAUGUAGGACAUCAUAGUGUAGCAAAUCUAAUUGAAAAUUAUGUACCUGGAACAAAACCACCUGUAAGAUCUGUGAGAUCACGACAAAUCCCGAAUCAUGAUCAAUAUUCUAACGUUGGUGGUCGUGAUACACCACAUUAUGCACGACAAAUACAAUCUCAUCGUCAACGCCAUCAAAAUCAAAGCAUCCAAUUAGAUGAACAAAAUCCCUAUGCAUCCAAAGGUAUUAUGAUGCCUUUAGUACAUGAGCAAUCAAGACGUACCAUACAGCCAAAAAAUGCUAACAGAAGAUCAAAAUAUUAUAGUCUCGCUGGCCCUGGGAUUGAUGAUCCAAAUCCUGCACCAUUUACAGCGCCUCAUUUAAAACAAGAUAUGGCUCCAAGAAAAGACAAUUCAUCUUGGGUUAUUUUUUCUUUAAUAACAACUUCAUGCUUUUGCAAUCCAUGCUUAUCAACUAUUGGUAGAAUGAAAGAUCCAAAUGUGCGUCAAGCUUGGAGGGAAAAGGUUGCACUUUGUAUAAUAAUAUUAAUCAUAUCUGGAUUUAUGGGAUUUUUAGCAUUUGGUUUGGCUACAAUUGCAUGUCAAAAAAAGGAGCCUCUCCUUCCUGAAAAUAUCCUUAGAGACUUUGGACCUGACCAACCUAAUGCUAAAGCGCAUAUUGUCCGUGGAAGGCUUUACAAUACUGGUGUCUACUUUCUUAGUGGAUCGCAUAGACCUAUUGCGCCAUUUUCAGAUGAACAAUUGAACGACAUUAUUGUGAAAUUAUUUGGCAAAGAUAUUUCUGGAUUUUUUCCUCCAAACAAUUUACUUAUCGGAUGUGCUUACACACCAAAAGACAAUGGAACAAUUUGUUCUCAAGGAUUGUCAGAUCCAAGAUACCAUUGUCAUACAUCUUCAAAAUCGUUAUUGACUCUUAAAGAACUUGAUAUGAAUCAAUUUGUGGGUUACUCGUGGGAUAAUGUUACCGAUGGAGACAGGCAAAUGUUUGUGUAUAAAGAAAAUGUCUAUGAUAUUACAGACUAUCUUAAUUUGACACCUGAUCAACAAUGGCUUGGAGACAGUAGUACUACGGAAUGGUUAAGAAGUCUUGUACAUAAAGAUGCGACUAAAGAUGUUUUACGCACUCAACAAAAUCAAAAUUUUGCAAAAUGCUUUGAUCAUUUUUUGGUUGGAGAAAUUGAUGGAACAACUAUCGGGUGUGUUGCCACAAACGUAAUAUUAAUAGUAAUGACGGUGGUUUUCACAACAAUUACCUUGAUUAAAUUUACGUCAGCAGUUGCAUUCUCGUGGUUUUUAUCUUCGCAACUUGGAAAAAUUUCAAAGAAACCAAAACUUGAAAGUGAUAUUACAAACAUCAUAUUGUUGGUAACAUGUUAUUCAGAAGGAGAAGGUUCUAUGCGCACAACAAUUGAUUCAUUGGCAGCGUCAGAUUAUCCAGAUGAUCACAAAUUAUUAUUUGUUAUUGCUGAUGGAGACGUAACAGGAUCAGAAAAUGAUCGAUCAACGCCACAGAUAUGUAAAGAUUUAUUAACACCAUUGGAUGGUUCUCCAGAACCUGAACCUAAAUCAUAUUUAGCCAUUGGCGAUGGACAAAAACAACAUAAUAUGGCACAGGUAUACAUAGGAUAUUAUAAUGUUAGUGGACAUAAAGUUCCAAUGGUUUUAGUUAUAAAAUGCGGUACACCAGAAGAAAAAAAAGGAGCAAAGGCUGGUAACCGUGGUAAACGAGACUCGCAACUCAUAUUGAUGCAAUGGUUAAGUCAUAUAAUAUUUAAUGAGCGUAUGACACCUUUGGAAUUUGAAUUAUUUGAAAAGGUUCGUUUACUCACCAAAUUAACACCAGAUCGAUAUGAAAUGGUGCUUAUGGUAGAUGCAGACACUGUGGUUAAAAAGGAUAGCGUGAAGCAUAUGAUUGCAGCCAUGGAACGUGAUCCUACAGUUAUGGGAUUAUGUGGUGAAACAAAAAUUGCUAAUAAAACUGCCAGUUGGGUUACAAUGAUUCAGGUUUUUGAAUAUUAUAUAUCACAUCAUCUUGGAAAAGCUUUUGAAUCUAUAUUUGGUGGUGUCACGUGCUUGCCAGGUUGUUUUUGUAUGUAUCGUAUUAAAGCACCUAAAGAUGGAUAUUCAGUUCCAAUACUAGCAAAUCCAGACAUAGUAGAGGUUUAUUCUUCGAAUACGGUCGAGACAUUACAUCAAAAAAAUCUUUUGCUUCUUGGUGAAGAUCGAUAUUUGACCACAUUAAUGUUGAGAACAUUUCCUAAGCGCAAAAUGAUUUAUGUACCCAAAGCAAUAUGUAAAACAGUGGUACCCGAUGAAUUCAAAGUAUUGCUUUCUCAACGACGUAGAUGGAUUAAUUCAACUAUUCACAAUCUUAUGGAACUUAUUCUUGUACCACAACUUUGUGGUAUCUUUUGUUGUUCUAUGCAAUUUGUUAUUUUCCUUGAAUUGGUGGGCACAGUAGUUUUACCCUCAUCAUUAAUAUUUCUGGUUUAUUUAGCUGUUAUGGCAGUACAAGGACAACCUGUUCUACUACCAUUGAUUUUCAUCUGUGCAAUGUUUUUACUGCAGGCAGUCUUGGUCAUAUUCACAUCUCAUAGAGUUAUGUAUGUAUUAUGGAUGAUUGUUUAUAUAUUUGCUAUUCCUAUAUGGAAUUUUCUUCUGCCUGUGUAUGCGUUCUGGCAUUUUGAUGAUUUCUCAUGGGGAGCAACACGUAAAAUUUCUGGUGAAGAUACAGGACAUGGUGAAGGAGGUGGAAAUAAAUUUGAUCGUACAGGGUUCCCAAUGAAACGUUGGGAUGAAUGGAUGCUUGAAACACAGAAACAAACACAAUUUUUACCAGCUUACGCUCCACCAAAUAAUGCAUCUUCUUACCCAACAACAACAGGAAUGGGGAUGUCGCCAUCAAGACCAACAUCGCCGUUACCACCACAGCAACCACAAGCAUUGGCAACUAUCACAUUGUUUAUAUUUGAUAUUGGUAAAUUAUGGUCAAUAUUUGGAACUUUACAUAUUAUCGGCGAGGUGAUUGUUAUGUUGCUGUUGUCACAAGGUGGUAAGAUCUCUUCAUAUUGGUUUUAUGGAAUAGUUGGUGGCUAUAUAUUCCUUGUCAAUGUUAUAAAUAUUAGUUUGUCAUGGCCUUAUGAUGCUAUAUGGUUUAAGUGGCAAGGUUUUUGCUCAGAUUUUGCAAUCUUAAUAGUAUUCACACGUAUUUAUUUAUCAACAAGUGAAUAUGUCAGGGAACAAACAUCAGCUCAACUACCAAUUAUAGAUGAUGAAGAUAUGAAUAUGGAAAAUUCAUCAUCAAGAAAUGAGGAAAAUUCAAUUGCACCAAAAAUAAUAAAUCAUCCCAACCAAUUGUUGUUAUUGUGUUUUGCCUCCUUUAUUCAUAUACUUGGUAAUGUUGUGCACACAUUUAAUCCAUUUGAUGGUAGAAGUUGUAUUGUUGUUGCAUUACAAUUUUCUACAGAUGCAACAACAUCUAAACAUUUAAUAAUUGCAUGUUUAAGUGGAUGUCUUGUGGUCGUUUUUGAAACACAACAUUCUGCCAAUAUUCAUGAGCCUUUUAUAUCUACUAUUACACAACUAAUUGGAAUUUUUGAAAUUGGGCAUUGGUUUGAUUUUGAAUUGUGA